UUAAAGAUAAUCCUUUUUGGAAUAGGGCAGUAGUAGCACUAGCACCGUAGCAGGAGGCAGGAGGCAGGAGGUGAGUUACCUUAUAUCGUGGAGUGCAGCAGAUUGAGAGCACUUGGUUACCCUUUUCACUCAAAAACAAUGCGAAACCUUUUGUAGCCGAAGGCAAACUCAAAUAACCAUGUCCACCACCACAAUCCCUUCAUCCCUCUUAUCUCCCAGCCUAUCCUCCUUCAAACUCUCGUUCCCUUCCACCAAACUCCAACCCUUGAGUCCCCAAUUCAGAUGCAACCGUAUUGGCUUUUCCUUUUCUUCCCCCACCUUCUCUCCGUGGAAGCGUUUCGCUGUAAACGACAACAACAAGGAGAGUGACAACGGCGAUGUUUUGACUGGGUUGGAUGAAGUGGAGAAAGAGGCGCGUGGAAAUAGCACCAUGCCCGAACGCUUUAGGUACCUCGCCAAAGAAGUUCCGAGUCUUCCUGUUAGGUGGCCAUGGCUUGUGGUACUGGCUUUUAUGGUCUAUGCUUGGAGAGCUGUUCUAUUUGAACUGUCAAACUGGAAGAAUGGUGCAUUUGCAAUUGUUCGUUUUUUAGGAUACCUCUUGAAAUACGCUUUUGCAGUAGUCUACCAAUUCAUAGGAAGUCCAAUCACAUUUUCUAUUAGAUGCAUAGAGGAUUUAUUUUACACAGUUCGGGCUUCUUACUCUUGGAUAAUUCACAAUGCUCCUGUACCAGACCUGACCAUCAUCAUUAUGCUGGCAUCAAUUGUUUUAGCUAUUGGUGAAGCUACUGUACCAAACUCCAUCAACGACCAACAUAAUGUUUUGACUGUAUCUGGUCUUAUUGGCUAUGCUGCUGUUAGAGGAUAUAUUUCUGAACUUUUUUUCUGGACCAUUCUGCUUGGGGUGUAUGCCUUUUCAAAAUUUGUCAAGAAGAGAGAUGAUGUUUCAGCUGCAAUGCCUGUUGCAGCUGUGCUUGCUGGUGUUGGGGAGCCUUGGGUUAGAGCUUUGGUGAUUAUUUCAUACACUGCCUUAGCCAUAUAUCAGUAUUCCAAAACGUCCACAGGAGGGAAAGAAGUUGGAGAAGUUGAAACAAGACAGAUGAGGCUUCCAAUUCCACUUCUUCUUGCAUCUUUUGCUAUUGGUUUGCGGGUUGCUGCUAAGUGGGUUGGGUAUCGGCACUUGACAUGGAUGAGCAGAUGACUGCUGAGAAUCGUGUAUCUGAGUCUAGGAAAGAAUGAAUUCUGGUGGUCUAUAUAGUUGAGGUAGGAUUAUGAUAUGGAUGGAUAGGGGUUUAUUUUGUUCUCCAUGAUGCAAUUAUUGUAGUGUUCUUUUCAUGCUUUUAAAUAAGCAGUGAAUCACAAGGCUGUGCCUGAGAAUAUAAGUUCUUGUCAGACUUCAGUAAAUGCAUUUUGCAAUUUUGAUUUGUGGCCAGUGCAGCCUAGAUCUUAUUUGUCAUACCAACAUUGAGUUUUGUGUUUGAAAUUUUGUAGAGAAUUAUUGGAAUGAAA